AUGGAAGCUAGACUCUCGGAGAGUCUGGGCCUCCCGUCUCCGAAUCUUAAUCACUGCCUUCUUACCAACGAUUUCAACUCUCUGUUCACUUAUUUCUCCGAUCGCACCUCCGCGCAAAUCCCCAUCGUCAGAAAAUCUGUAACCAAAAUCAAAUCCUCGAGGAAACUCUCUCCUCCGAAAUCCUCAGAAUCCACUGAAAAUUCAAGGAGGUCCGUAGGGUUUGCAUCGGCUUCAGUGUCGGAUUCCAAUUCCGGACCGGAGUUCCUGAAAUGGAUGAAACCUGCGUCACGGAGCAGCCCAAGGAUCCAAACACUGAUGAAGCAGCUCUCCGUCUGGGAGCGUGCACUGAUCGGUGCAGGAGGCGGUGGAAUCGCCGGUGCCUUCACAUACGUCUGCCUUCUCCCGUUGGACACAAUCAAAACGAAGCUUCAGGCGAAAGGCGCGUCUGAGGUGUACAGCAGCAGCUUCGAUGCGAUAGUGAAAACGUUUCAGGCCAGAGGGAUUCUAGGUUUCUACAGUGGCGUCUCCGCCGUGAUUGUUGGCUCGACGUUCUCCUCCGCCGUCUAUUUCGGCACCUGCGAGUUCGGUAAGUCUCUCCUCUCCAAGUUCCCGGAGUUCCCUUCGGUUCUCAUCCCUCCCACUGCUGGCGCCAUGGGAAACAUAAUCUCGUCGGCAAUAAUGGUUCCGAAAGAGCUCAUCACGCAGAGAAUGCAAGUUGGAGCCAGUGGGAGGAGAUCGUACCAAGUUCUGCUUGAAAUUCUAGAGAAAGAUGGAAUAUUGGGGCUCUACGCUGGUUACUCUGCCACGCUGUUGAGGAAUUUACCGGCCGGUGUGCUAAGUUACUCGUCGUUCGAAUACCUGAAAGCUGCGGUUUUGGAGAAGAUGCAGCAGAACCAACUUGAGCCUCUGCAGAGCGUUUGCUGUGGCGCAUUGGCUGGUGCCAUAUCUGCUUCGAUAACCACGCCACUAGAUGUGGUGAAGACGAGGCUGAUGACACAGGUUCAUGUGGAGGCAGCGAAUAAACUUGGCGCUGCUAUGUACAACGGUGUGAGUGGGACAGUGAGACAGAUACUGAGAGAGGAAGGUUUGGUCGGUUUUACCCGAGGCAUGGGGCCUCGAGUUGUUCACAGCGCUUGUUUCUCGGCUAUCGGGUAUUUCGCAUUCGAGACGGCCAGGCUUACAAUCCUAAAUGAAUAUUUGAAGAGGAAGGAAGAUUCCAUUGAUGCUGAUUCUUGA